GCCCGGCCCCACACCGCCACCCACGGCCCCGCGCUUUUCUCUCCCUCGGCUUGCAAAAAGUUCGCCGCUCUACUGAUUUUUUUGGCUUGGAGGAGUUGGGAAAGAGAAAGAGAACGUUAAAAACUUUUGCAAACUUUUCCAGCUUCUUCCCUCCUCUCGCAGCCGGGCUGCGCUCUGGUGGAGACUCCGUCUCUCCCCGUUUUACUUUCUGUUUUUAACCCUUCCCCGCCCCUCAACCUCCCGGUUAUUCUUUUCUUUCCAUUUUUUUCCUCCCCUGAUCCCCCUUCUGCCGCUUUCUCGCAUGAAUCUCCUAGACCCCUUCAUGAAAAUGACAGAAGAACAGGACAAAUGCAUCUCCGACGCCCCCAGCCCCACCAUGUCGGAUGACUCCGCCGGGUCUCCCUGCCCCUCCGGAUCCGGCUCGGACACGGAGAACACCCGACCCCAAGAGAACACCUUUCCCAAAGGCGACCCGGACCUGAAGAAGGAGAGCGACGAGGACAAAUUCCCCGUAUGCAUCCGCGAGGCUGUGAGCCAGGUGCUCAAGGGCUACGAUUGGACCCUGGUGCCCAUGCCCGUGCGAGUGAACGGAUCCAGCAAGAACAAACCCCACGUGAAGCGUCCCAUGAACGCAUUCAUGGUAUGGGCCCAGGCGGCUCGAAGGAAGCUGGCUGACCAGUACCCUCAUCUGCACAACGCCGAGCUCAGCAAGACGCUGGGCAAACUGUGGAGGCUGUUGAAUGAGAGCGAGAAGCGUCCCUUUGUGGAGGAGGCCGAGCGGCUGCGGGUACAGCACAAGAAGGACCACCCUGACUACAAGUACCAACCACGCAGGAGGAAGUCAGUGAAGAACGGGCAGUCGGAGCAGGAGGAGGGCUCUGAGCAGACCCACAUCUCCCCCAAUGCCAUCUUCAAGGCGCUGCAGGCGGACUCCCCACAGUCAUCCUCCAGCAUCAGCGAGGUGCACUCCCCCGGGGAGCACUCGGGGCAGUCACAGGGCCCCCCUACACCCCCCACCACCCCCAAGACGGACGCUCAGCAGCCGGGCAAGCAGGACCUGAAACGCGAGGGCCGCCCUUUGGCGGAAGGCGGCCGCCAACCUCCCCACAUCGACUUUCGAGACGUGGACAUCGGCGAGCUCAGCAGCGACGUCAUCUCUAACAUCGAAACCUUCGACGUCAAUGAGUUCGACCAAUACCUGCCCCCCAACGGCCACCCGGGGGUCCCGGCCACCCACGGCCAAGUCACCACCUACAGCGGUACCUACGGCAUCAGCAGCUCGGCCGGCUCUCCAGCAGGCGCAGGGCACGCCUGGAUGGCCAAGCAGCAGCCUCAACCCCCGCAGCCCCCUGCGCAGCCCCCGGCACAGCACGCACUGCCAGCACUGAGCGGUGAGCAGGGCCCGGCACAGCAGCGGCCGCACAUCAAAACAGAGCAGCUGAGCCCCAGCCACUACAGCGAGCAGCAGCAGCACUCCCCGCAGCAACAGCAGCAGCAGCAACAGCAGCAGCUGGGCUACGGCUCCUUCAACCUGCAGCACUACGGCUCCUCGUACCCCCCCAUCACCCGCUCGCAGUACGAUUACACCGAGCACCAGAACUCCGGCUCCUACUACAGCCACGCCGCCGGGCAGAGCGGAGGGCUCUACUCCACCUUCACCUACAUGAAUCCCACGCAGCGCCCCAUGUACACCCCCAUCGCAGACACGUCGGGGGUGCCCUCCAUCCCGCAGACCCACAGCCCGCAGCACUGGGAACAGCCCGUCUACACGCAGCUCACCCGGCCUUAAAGCCACGUGAAGGCAAAUAAAUAAAUAAACAAACCAAUCAGAAAGGAAAGGAGAAAAAAAAAAA